GCUCACAAGGACCGGCUGCAGGAACCGGGGUGCUGAGAACAUACCAGCGUUUGUUCACUAGAGAUCAGUUCUUCAACUCAUUGAUUGUACAAGGGAUUCAAACAUCUGACUGUCUGAAUUGCCAGAUGAUUGAUCGCAGUGAGAUAUCAUUCUCUUUCUCUCAGUGUGGGAAGGGAUUCACUCACAGCCUACCCACAGACACGCCAGUGAGUUCACAGUGAGGAGAGGCCAUUCACCUGCUCUGUGUGAGGGAGGGGAACUACUCAGUCAUCCAGCCUGAAGAUACAUCAGCAAGUUCACACCACAGUGAGAUGCUCCACCUGUUCUGACAGCGGGAAGCAAUUCAUUCUGUCAUUGAUGCUGAAGAUAUAUCCAAAAAUUCACCAGUGAGGAGACGUUUCUCAGAGUGCAGGAAGGCACUGACACAAUCAACCACACUACAGAGACACCAGCAAAUUCACAUGGUGCCAUGGCCUUUCCCCACCUCUGAAUGUCGAAACAGAUUCAUUUAGUCAUCUCAAAUGAACGAACGUCACCAGUUCACACUGAGAAGAUGCCGCUCACCUGCUCAGACUGUGGGAAGGAGUUCACUUCAUCAUCUCAACUGAAGGUACAUCGGCGAGUUCACACUGGGGAGAGGCCGUUCACCUGCUCAGACUGUGGGAAGGAGUUCACUUCAUUAUCUCAAUUGAAGGUACAUCGGCGAGUUCACACUGGGGAGAGGCUGUUCACCUGCUCAGAAUGUGGAGAGGCAUUCACUCGGUCAUCUCACCUACUGAGACACCAGCUGGUUCACACUGGGGAGAAACCGUUCACCUGCUCAGAAUGUGGAGAGGCAUUCACUCGGUCAUCUCAACUACAGGAACAUCAGCAAACUCACACUGGGGAGAAACCGUUCAGCUGCUCAGAAUGUGGGAAGGGAUUCACUCGGUCAUCUGACCUGAAGGUACAUCAGCAAGUUCAUUCUGGGGUGAGUCCGUUCACCUGCUCUGAAUGUGGGAAAGGUUUCAUGCACUCAUCCAAACUACGGAGACACUUGCUGGUUCACACUGGGGAGAGGCCAUUCACCUGCUCUGAGUGUGGGAAGGGAUUCACUCAGUCAUCCAAACUACAGACACACUGGCUGGUUCACACUGGGGAGAAACCGUUUGCCUGCUCAGUAUGUGAGAAAGGAUUCACACGGUCAUCUCAACUGAAGGAACAUCAGCGAGUUCACACUGGGGAGAAACCGUUCACCUGCUCAGACUGUGGGAAGGAGUUCGCUCGUGCAGCUCAGCUGAGCGUCCAUCAACGAUUUCACACCGGGGAGAAACCGUUCAGCUGCUCUGAAUGUGGGAAGAGAUUCACUCUGUCAUCUGACUUGAAAGUACAUCAGCGAGUUCACACUGGGGAGAGGCCAUUCACCUGCUCGGACUGUGGGAAGCGAUUCAUUCGGUCAUCUCAACUGAACACACAUCAGUGCUUUCACACUGGGGAGAAACCAUUCAUUUGCUCAGACUGUGGGAAAAGAUUCACUCUGUCAUUUCGCCUACUGAGGCACCAGUUAGUUCACACUGGGGAGAAACCGUUCAUCUGCUCAGACUGUGGAAAGGAGUUCGCUCGAUCAUCUGGCUUGAAAAUACAUCAGCGAGUUCACACUGGGGAGAGGCCGUUCACCUGCUCAGACUGUGGAAAGGAGUUUGCUGGGUCAUCGGAUUUGAAAAUACAUCUGCGAGUUCACAUUGGGGAGAGGCCGUUCACCUGCUCUGUGUGUGGGAAGGGAUUCACUCACUCAUCCACCCUACAGAGACACCAGCUGGUUCACACUGGGGAGAGGCCAUUCACUUGUUCUGAAUGUGGGAAGGGAUUCACUCAGUCAUCCAACCUUUUGUCACACCAGCGAAUCCACACUGGGGAGAGGCCGUUCACCUGCUCAGAUUGUGGGAAGGCAUUCGCUCACUCAUCCACCCUUUUGUCACACCAGCGAAUCCACACUGGGGAGAGGCCAUUCACCUGCCCUGAAUGUGGGAAGGGAUUCACUCGGUCAUCCAAGCUACAGAGACACCAGUUAGUUCAUACUGGGGAGAAACCAUUCACUUUCUCAGAUUGUGGGAAGGGAUUCACUUAGUCAUCUGACUUGAAGCUACAUCAGCGAGUUCACACUGGGGACGGACCGUCAGACUAUAAGACUUAAGACCAGAAUGAGGCUGUUUACCCCAUCGAGUCUGUUCUGUCAUUUUAUCAUGGCUGAUCCAAAUUUGCUCUCCACUCCAAUCUCCUGUCUUGUCCCUGUAUCCCUUCAUGCCCGGAUCAAUCAAGAUUCUAUCCACCUCUGCCCUAAAUGUACAUAAAGAAUUGGCCUCCACAGCUGCCUGUGGCACGGAAUUCCCCAGAUUCACCACUCUCUGUCCGUUCUCUGUCAUCUCCGUUCUAAAAGGACACCCCUCUAUUCUGAAGCUCUGUUCCCUGGUCGCAGACUCUUCCACCACAGGAAGCAUCCUUUCCACAUCCACUCUAUCAAGCCCUUCCACAGUUUGAUAAGUUUCCAUGAGGUCAGCCCUAAUUCCUCUGCUGAUCCAGGCUCAGGCCCAUUGAACGCUCUUCAUAUGACAAUCCAUUCAAUCCUGGAAUCUGUUUUUGUGAACAUACUCUGAACCUUCUCCAGUUUCGGCACGUCCUUUCCAAGAUCAGGGGCCCAGACCUGCCCUCCAAGUGAGGCCUCACCAGCGAUGACCAACUUCCCAAAUUACAUCCUCGCUGUUAUAUUGUAGAUCUCUCGAAAUGAAUGCUGACGUUGCGUUUGCCUUCCACACCACAGACUCGACCUGCAAAUUAACCUUCAGGGAAUCCUGAACAUGGACUCCCCGUGACCCUUUGCACCUCAGUUGUUCGGUAUUUUCUGUCCAUUUCGAAGAAGUUAACACUUUCAUUUCUUCUACCAAAAUGCAUGAACAUACACUUCCCGGCACUGUAUCCCAUCUGCUGUUUUUUUUUCCCAUUCUCUAAAUCUAUCUCAGUCCUUCUGCACCCUCUCUACCGAAAACUACCUGCCCCUCCUCAUGUCUUCAUAUCGUCUGCAAACCUUGUAACAAAGCCAGCAAUUCUGUCUUCCAAACUAUUGGAAUAUUACAAAAAUCACCAGUCCGAACACAGAGCCCUGAGGAACACCACUAGUAACUGGCAGCCAACCAGAGAUGGCUCCCUUUAUUCCCAGUCUUUGCCUCCUACCAUUCAGCUUGUCAUGGUCCUGUCCAUGACGUCUGCGUUCCAGUUCACGGUCCGGUCCAUGGACUCUGGACUCUGGGUCUUCAGGCUGUCCAUUGUUUCAGUUGGGCUGAAUCACAGGCACCUGAUUCUCAAAUUGGGGCUGGAAUAUCAGUGGCCCUGGGUUCGACUGUAGGUUCGGGUUGGUCUUGUCAGUAUCCUGUCCUCGCCACUGUGGGGUAGGUCAGGCCGUCUUUGCCAUUGCCCUGCAGUUGAUUCUGUCCCUCCCUGUCCUCGCCUCCGUUGGGUAAGACAGGCCGGCUUUGCCGUUACCCUUCCCUGGACUGUUCCCUUCCCUUCCCUUACAUCCCUUCCCCUUCUUUCAGCAACCCACGCCUGAAGCCUUGCCUGCAACCUCGCCUGCGUCAUCGCCUGAAUCACCAUCAAGUUUAACCGCUGGAGUGAGACUGGAGCCUUGUCAUGCCAACAGAAGGAACUGUUUAUCGAUGAGCUUGGAACUGUCUCUUUGUGUCCCCGUGUUUAGUGUCCGUGUAUGAGUCCCGACCCUACGUCCUGUCCCCAAGGAGGGGUCCUGACUCUAUGUAAAGCCCCGGACCUACGUCCUGUCCCUAAGGAGGGGUCCUGACUCUAUGUAAAGCCCCGGCCCUACGUCCUGUCCCCAAGGAGGGGUCCUGACUCUAUGUAAAGCCCCGGCCCUACGUCCUUUCCCCAAGGAGGGUUCCUGACUCUAUGUAAAGCCCCGGCCCUACGUCCAGUCCCCAAGGAGGGGUCCUGACUCUAUGUAAAGCCCCGGCCCUACGUCCUGUCCCCAAGGAGGGGUCCUGACUCUAUGUAAAGCCCCGGCCCUACGUGCUGUCUCCAAGGAGGGGUCCUGACUUUAUGUAAAGCCCCGGCCCUACGUCCUGUCCCCAAGGAGGGGUCCUGACUCUAUGUAAAGCCCCGGCCCUACGUCCUUUCCCCAAGGAGGGUUCCUGACUCUAUGUAAAGCCCCGGCCCUACGUCCUUUCCCCAAGGAGGGUUCCUGACUCUAUGUAAAGCCCCGGCCCUACGUCCAGUCCCCAAGGAGGGGUCCUGACUCUAUGUAAAGCCCCGGCCCUACGUCCUGUCCCCAAGGAGGGGUCCUGACUCUAUGUAAAGCCCCGGCCCUACGUGCUGUCUCCAAGGAGGGGUCCUGACUUUAUGUAAAGCCCCGGCCCUACGUCCUGUCCCCAAGGAGGGGUCCUGACUAUGUAAAGCCCCGGCCCUACGUCCUGUCCCCAUGGAGGGGUCCUGACUCUGUGUAAAGCCCCGGCCCUACGUCCUAUCCCCAAGGAGGGGUCCUGACUCUGUGUUCUGUGUUCCUCUGCUUGAGUCCAAGGCUCAGUAGGAAGACUGUUUGCUGCUACUCGAGUGGACUGUUGUUGUUUGUCGUUCCGUGUCCCAAGUCCAGUCCAAGUCUCAGGCUUCGAGUCAAGUCCAGUCCGGGUCAAAGUCUCCAAGGAGGUUUCCACUCCAUGUUCGAGGCUCCGAGGAGGUGCCCAGUCCUGUUACCUUGCCACGUCCAGUCCUCGUCUGGAUCCGGAGUCCGAGCCCGAGUCAAGACCCAGGAUCCGGGUCCCUGUCCAAUCUCUGGCUCGGAAUCCUUGUCCAGGUUCCUCGUUCCCAGUUCUUAGUUCCUCGUCCAGGCCUCACCUUCCUACCCUUGUCCUAGCCAAUGCCCUGUCACCUAGUCUUGUCCAGUGUCGUUUCUUCCCCACUUCUUGCUUGAUACACCUAGUCCUCUCCCUAGCACUUCAGUGUCUGUGUCUUGCAUUUGGGUCUGUUCCCAACGCCCACCUUAUGGCACAGCCACUGUUUGACCCAUGCUGGAGUCUCCACUGUAAUACCGUGGGUUUAUUCAACAGCCUAGUGUGGUGCACCUUGUCAAAGGCCUUCUGAAAAUCCAAGUAUACAACAUCUAUUUCUUCAUUCGUGUUGCUUUUCCAGCACGAGUUUCACUUGAGGAAACAAAUUCUCCUUUGUCGAUCCUGCUUGUGGUUCUUCCAAGAAUGCCAACAGAUUUGUCAGGCAAGAUAUUCCCUUCAGGAAACUUUGCUGAUUUUGAGACAUAGGAGGCUCGAAGAAAAAUAGAGGGCGAUGGGUAACCCUAGGUAAUUUCUGAGGUAAGGGCAUGUUUGUCACUGCUUUGUGGGCUGAACGGCCUGUAUUGUGCUGUAGGUUUUCUAUGAUUCAAUGGCAUAUGGUCUUCAGUCAAGGAUUAAAGGCAGAGCCUCGCAGCAGUUUUUUUUUCCGUUGGACCUUUGAGCCGCGGCCAGUCAGCAUUUGGGUUUGCUCAGCAAAAGUUGGGCAGGAGCGAGUGGAGCGGUCAGUGUCAGAGUGAAUAGAGUCGGAGUGGAGAUUUUGAGGCUUCAGCUGUCAGUGAUAGGAGCCUUCAGUCAGAGAAGGUAUAAUUAAGCUGAAGGUAGAGAUUUUUUUGCCCCCUUCUUUUCAGUUGCUUAGUGAGAACAGCAGAGAUUACAGACGGGGUAGCAGAUAGCUCCUCUGGUGGGGUGUGGGAAGCAGGGACACUUCCAUCUUCUAACAAGGCACGGAACAGGCACUCUGACUGACCAUCAAAUUCUCGGACUGUAUUCCUGUCUGUGUGAGAUUGGGCUGUUUCUGACUUCAAUCAAUCUAUGACUUGGCUCAAUUUGUCCUUUGACAUUAUUUCAAGUUCUGGUCAUGAUGCACAAGACGACAAAGAUAACAUUUUACUACAUGUACGAUCCUGGAGAUUUACUAAUUACUUGGAUUGCCCCCCCCCCCCCAUCUGCUGAUUGACAGUGAUGAACCCAUCGAUGGCAAUGCCAAUGAAUAUAUAGUGGAGGGCAGUGGUUAUUCUCAUUGGAGUGCGGCACCUUUGUGAUCUGAAAGCCAGAAGUCACUUGUCAUCGAGGCAAAGGUGUUUCAUAUCGUUAUCAACCCAGAGUGAACUGAAUCUGACGGAAGGUUUUAUUUCCAUACAGCACGAAUUGACAUUUUCACUAGUUCAACGGACUCGGAGUCCGCAGCGGUUGGAGCAUUUUCAUUGUGUGCUGCAUCUGCGAGGCUGAGUCGGGCGGCGCUGUGGAAGUAUAGCGGAGGUAUUCCCUUCUGCCGCCUGCGUGGGAUGGCAAGGCUGUCGGGACCCUGAGGACUUGUGGAAACUGUGUGCUGGUUUCUUUUCGAAUUUAUAGUCUUUUAACAUCUUUGGACUAUUUUAACUGUGCCCAUGGUCUGUUUUUUUAAUCAAUUAUGCUAUUGUUUGCUCUGUUGUAAAUAUAUGUUGUAAUUAUGUGGUUUUGUGCAGGUCUUGUAUCUUUAGGUUUUUGGUCUUGUUUUGUCUGGUGAUUUGGAGCUACUUUCCGGGGAACGUGCUAAGAUCUGAGCGCGAUAUUAAUAAGCAGCAUCCUCUCCGGACUCUGGAUUGGGGAUUGCCAAACGUUACGUGGAUUUUCUGGUGUAGUCUGUUCUGUAAUGUGCUUUUGUGAUAUCUCACAAAACGUUGUCUCAUUUUUAACUGCAUUGCAUUUGUGGUUUCUAAAUGACAAUAAACUGAAUCUGAAUCUAAAUGGAAGGUAAACUCUUUAACUGAGAUAAACUGGUAACUAUAUUUUUGUUCAGAGUUCAUAA